GCAGAAUUUAGUAUACAGCUGUUGUUUUGUUUACAAUAAAUUUUCCAAUAAUUUAUAAAAUAUUCCACAAAUUUCAUAAAUUUUAACAAAAAUAUGACCACAAACCAGUCUGAGUUGCAGACCAAUAAAAGGCCGGGUAAAGUCAUUACCACCCAAGAAAAGUUGGCAAUUUUAAAAGAACUACAGACUGGAACUCCGAGACGCGAAGUGGAGCAAAUGUUCAACUGUUCCCAAUCCACCAUAUCUCGAGUGCUCUUAUUUAAGGACACCCUGCAGCUGGAGACGCAGGGAAAUGCCACUAACAAACGAGAGAGUACGAUAAAUUAUAAAGAAUUAGAUCAGGCUUUGACGCUAUGGGCUAGGGAAAUGGAAAUGUCUAAUGUGAUGAUUACAGCCGAUAUGGCUAAACAAAAAGUUGAAGAGUUACUACGAGCCAUGGGUUACGACCAGAAACCCUCCACAGCUUGGCUGUACAAAUGGAAAGCAAGAGAAAAUAUACAAUUUGGCAAAAAGACGAAAGGACCGGAGGAAAUUUUAAAGGAAUUCCUGGAUAAAAGAGAAAACUGGCAUGAUAAGGAAUUAGCGGAAGAAAAAAACACACAAAAUGAAAGUAUACAAGACAAUUUAGAGGAUUCCCAAAAUAAAUCACGCACGAAACGUGAAUAUACAAAAAGGCUGCCUAUAAUGGAUGCUUCUGGUGUGAUUUACAGAAGUAGAAAAGAAAAAACGUUUUUAACACUGCUGCAAAAAUUGGAAAUCUUACAGCGACUAAAAAAUGGCGAACGUCGGUCUGAUAUGAUAAUCGAGUAUAAACUUAGCCAAUCUGCCAUGUCACAAAUUGUAACAGACGAGGAAAAGAUAUUAAAACUAGCAGCCGGCGGACAAAAUUUACAAAUGAAACGCAUAAGAGGAGGCAUAUUCAAGGGAGGCGAAGCUGAGCUAAAUGCUUGGGUGCGAGAGAAAAUGGAAAAGGGUGAAAGCCUUACUCGAACACAAAUAAAAAAUCGAGCCAAGGAAAUAGCCGAACGUUUGAAAAUUGACUUUAAGGCAUCCACGGGUUGGCUGGAGAAAUGGAAGGCCAGAAUGAAUAUGGAUUUCAAUGUAAAUCAAAUAUUGGAACGAAAAAUACCCAACUAUCUGACAACGGAAAAAGAGUUUGAAAAUGGCCUGGAACAAUGCGAACAACCUGAUAUUGUGAUGGAUCAACACAGCGAUAAUGGGGAUUAUCUACAGCAACACAUAAAAGAAGAGAAUGAUGAUUAUGACGAAGACAUGGAAACCCAGGAUGAGUUUUGUUCUGACGAUAUGUAUGAGGCGGAUGUUAAGCCCGAAUUGUUAACACCUCAAGAAUUUUACUUACAAACUAUUAAGGCUAAUAGUCAUAAUUCACAAGAAUCUAACGAAGCAACAACAGAACAGCGGCAGGAAGCUGUAGAAGAACCGGACAUUAAACCUUUUAUUGGCACUCCACCGCAUCUAGGACAAAGCGAAGCUACAGCACCGUCAUUAGAAAUUUUGCAUGAACAAGUGCUGCAAUGGUUAAAUCGUUAUAAUAUACCUCCCCUAGCAGCAUCAGAGCUAUUAGACAUUUUACAACCCCACCUUAAUACGGUUACCAGUACCUCUCCCCAGCCAGUGCAGCAAAACCAGGAAUAUUUUUAAGUAUUAUUUUAUAUUAAUAUCUCAAGAGCAUCUCUAGAACACAUAAUUUAACAAAAAAUGUUAGGAAAAUUCAUGAAAAUUACAAUUUCAAGUAUUUUUAAUUAAAUAAUGGAACUUUUUGAAUGGUACAUUUGUUACCAUAUUUAGAAUCCAAACAUAUUUAAAUUUUGUUAGGGUAAAAUUUGUUAGUAUUUUAUUUCAUUAAGAAAAAUCAAGAUUUUGUAUAUUUUAGAGGUGCUCAUUUCGUUAUAAUUUUUAUUUUCCAUAAGUUAGAAUUUUUCAUUAUAUUUCUUAUUUAUUUAGUUUAAUUUUUUAUUUAAGCUUAACAAAAUAAAUAUACACAAACAUAUAUAAA